AUGACUUUGAGCGACCUCAAGUUCUAUGCCCUUAUGCCGGACGAGGAGGGCAGGGCUCCCCUUGAACUGCCUCAAACCUUUGACCUUCGGAGGCCGGAUGGAUGGUUCAUGUCGGAGGUCAUGCCCCGGAUUGAGCGCCGCCAGGAGAGGAUGCUUUGGAAGAUGACAUGGGAAGGAGCUGGAAAGGCUCGAGCUCAAGGACAACCUGCAGGUGGAGAUGGGGGCCAUCGGGAAGAGAAGCUCACUUUGAAGGCUUUGUACGGCCCAAAGCUCACGGCAGAAGAGACGGCAAGAGCUAAGGAUCGAGCACCGACCAACAAGGAGGGAAAGCUCCUAUGCUGGGGGUAUCUGACCCAUCUGGGCUGCUCUCAGCAAGGUUGUCAAAGAGCUUAUGAACCUCUCAGGGGACCGUUUGAGUCCCUCGACCCGGCGGUUCAGCUUCAGAUGGUGCGAAGGGGAGGACUCAAGCGCAUGAAGGCCGAGACCAAAGAAACAGCUGCAGAAAAGAUCAAGGAGAUCAGAGCUGGGGUAGCCAAAGAUAAGGCUUCGAAGGUCCAAGAUGGGAAGGAUAGACGUCGAGCGGGACAUGGGGACCAGCCUCAGGGUGAAGCUGAAGGGCACGAGAAGGCGGGCGGUCAUCAUGGAGUUCGAUGGGAGGCACCGGAAGAGAUGGUGCAGGUCGACUACACCCACCAGGAGAAGGAGUUUGCCGAUUUGGUGGCGGGCCCCGACCCCUCCAUUUACGAGAAUGUGCCCAGGGAGUCACAACCUCAUCCUGGACGUGAAGGGGAGACGGCGCCCAGAGAAGCGCAAGACCUCGUGAGGAAAGCUCAAGCCCUAGCAGACGGGCCCGUACUCAGCAAGCUGCAGGAAGCAUCGGAUGACCUCUAUGCUUGGGCGUCUACGAGGGUGGCAAACGAUCCAGAGAUCCCGUUUGAGACGCUGAUGGAGGAGAUGGUGCAGUUUGGGUUGGGCGAAUUGGCGGCCGAGGCGGCAUACCUCUUGGAGACCCACGGAGGAGGGCCAAAGGCUGGGAAUCAGGCUCGAUGCCGGGUCGGAGAUACCCGUUGGGAGGCGGACGGGCCGGGCAAAGCGCUGGUUGAGAUUGAUGAGGAAUCAUGGGCGAUGUGGGACUUUGGGGAGAUGGUCUACAUGACGGAGGAGCUGGCGGGCCUGUUAGGGGUGAUCGAACCAGAGAAGGAGAAGAGGCAAUGCGUCACCAAGGUCUUUGCCGCUGGCCUCCUCAUGGCUCAGACGAAGAAGGUCCCUGGAAUGGAGGAGGUCGAGAAGUUGACCCAGGAGUUUCGUUUGGAGCAGGCACGUUUGGCGGUUGAGGCAGAAGGUGUCAUGAGUCACCCCGAAGCGAAGGUGGCCCCGGUGGAGCAUGAACUGCGCAUGUACGCCCACGACAUCCUAAAGCCCCACCACGACAAGGACUACCGAGCGUUGGCAGUCUUCCCUCUGGCAGCUUUGGAGGAGGUCAGGAUCAUUGUGGUCCGAGUUGACUACGAGGGCGAUAUCCUCCUGGAAACAGUUGUGGGCAGUCAGUGGACCCAGCAGGACGUAUGGGUCAUGAUCUCCAAAGGGCACAUGACUUUGCUACAACCACCCUCCAGCGCGGCUGAGGAAAACUUGUUGCGCAAAGAGGAGGUGUAUCACACCCCAUGCCUUGGGUUCAGAUACUUCUGGCAUCAGCGCCAUGACCAGGCCAAGACCGUCAUGGCAGGAGGUGGCCACACGAUGAAGACCGUCCAUGGAGCACGAGGACAUGCAGGCUUGGUGCUGAGGGAGUACUUCGCGGGGCAUGGGGUCAUCACGAAGGGUUGGACGGAUGCCGGGAUGGUCGCUCUUGAACCCAUCGAGCUUUACGACCAACCACAUCAGCAACUCGGCCUACGGCCAGAUCAUGACUUAGCCCAAGCGGACCGCCAGAAGUUCUACCUGGACAAGCUCAAGGAACAGGAGUCCAACGUGCAGUGGAUUGCGAGCCCGUGCACCACCUUCUGUGACUGGUGCCUCCAGAAUGGAGGAACAAGGACAUUUCAGAACCCAGCUGGCCUGCCUACAGAGAAGGAGAAGAUUGGGAAUAUCCUCUCGGAGUACGGGGCGAAGGUGUUUGAGAAGUCCAUGCAGCAAGGACCCUGGCCUCCCUUUGCCUGUGGUGUGCGGCGUCGUGCUGGGCGAUGUGGCUUUUCAGCGUCGUGG